AUGGAAAUCGACGAUGAUAUAAUCUCUGAUUCACCAAGCUAUCAACAAAUUCUCAAUCACCUAAUGGAGACCGAAGAAGAGAAUGAAUUGAUUCAACCAGCCAGUUUUUUUUCCUUUAUAUUAAAUGAGAAAGAAGCACAACCUCAAGAACAAAAGGUGAUCACUAAAAAGAGAGCUACAAGUACGAGGCCAAGAUCCAUAGUUUGGGAUCAUUUUGAUAUCAUCUCAGUCGGGGGAGAGAAAAAAUCCAAGUGCAAACAUUGUGGCAAAGAGUAUUUUUGUGAUGCAAAGAAAAAUGGUACGUCUUCAUUACAACACCAUAUAACUGUUUGUUUGAAACUCCCCGCUAGGUUAGAAGCAAGACAAAAGCUACUGAAUUUGCAACCUUUGAAGAAUGAAACUGAAAAUAAUGUAGGAUGUCUUACUACUUGGAAAUUCGAUCAAAAAGCUAUAAGAAAAGCCAUAUCUUAUAUGAUUGUUGUCGAUGAACUCCCGUUUAAGUUUGUGGAAAGGGAAGGGUUUAAGCAUUUACUUUCAAUAGCUUGUCCGAGAUUUAAGAUGCCAUCUAGAUUUACUGUUUCUCGUGAUUGCUAUGAUCUUUAUUUGGAUGAAAAGAAAAAAAUACAGAAAUUUUUGCAUAAAAAAAAUAUUAACUUUUGUCCGGUUUCUAGUCACAAAAGUGCGGAUAUUGGAUUUGAAAUAGAAAAUUGUUUGAAAGAGUGGGGAAUUGAGAAUGAGAAUGUUUUCACCAUUACUAUGGAUAAUGCAAGUUCAAAUGAUACUGCAAUAAAAUUCUUGAAAGAACAAUUUGUUGAUUCAAAAAAUUGCAUUCUUAAGUGUGAAUAUCUUCAUAUGAGAUGCAUUGCCCAUAUCAUUAAUUUAGUUGUUAAUGAUGGAUUGAAAGAAAUUGGUGAGUCGGUCAAAAAAAUUAGGUUGGCGGUGCGAUUCAUUAGACAAUCUCCGGCUAGGUUGAAAAGAUUUAAAGAAUGUGUGGCAAGUGAAAAAAUCCAAAGUAAGAGUUUGUUGUGUCUAGAUGUGCCUACAAGGUGGAACUCAACCUACCUUAUGUUACAUGCGGCUCAAAAGUUUGAAAAAGCUUUCAGUAGGUUCAACACCUUAGACCCGUCUUUUAGUCUUGAUCUUGCAAGUGAGGGGGGCUGCCCUCUAAAGAUGAUUGGAGAAAUGUUAGAAGAAUGA